AUGGCUCUCCCCAGACUAGCCUCAUUCCCAAAUUGCAGUCUCUUCAAAGUGCUCUCGCCAUCAAAAACAAAAUCCUCAGUGUUCGCUGUUAAAUGUAAUACUUCCUUUACUACUCUUCAUUUCGUUUCUGAUCAAAACAACGCCAAUCUUCGCCGAUCUGCAAAUUAUCAACCUUCAAGUUGGAGUUAUGAACUUAUCCAGUCAAUCACUAGUGAAUAUGGGAAAGAAUCAUAUGCAGAAGAAAGAGAUGAACUGAAAGCGCAAGUUAGAAAGAUGAUUUCCCAACUCACAAAUGAUUUGGACAAACUUGAAUUCAUAGAUGGGUUGCAAAAGCUGGGAGUGUCUCACCAUUUCGUCCAUGAAAUAAGAGACAUGCUGCAACAUGUGUACGCCCAGAAUUAUGAAGACAGAUUGAAAACUAAGUCUGAUGACUUACACACCAUUGCUCUUCAAUUCCGAAUCUUAAGGCAACAUGGAUUUGAUGUGUCAUCAGAGGUUUUUAGAAGUUUUCAAGAUGAGAAAGGGAAUUUUGAUUUGGAUGAUACAAAGGGAAUUCUAUCAUUGUACGAAGCAUCGUUUCAUUCAAUGGAAGGUGAAACUAUACUUGAGGAAGUUAGAGAUUUUUGCAGUAAUUAUCUGAAACAAUUUGUGAAGAAGGAGGAGAAAGAUAGUGAUGAUAUAUCAGCAAUGAUCAGUCAUGCACUGGAGAUUCCCCUACACUGGAGGAUUCCCAGACUUGAAGCUUCAUGGUUCAUUGACUUAUACCAGAAAAGCAAUGAUGUGAGCCCUGCCUUGCUUAAGCUUGCUCGUUUGGAUUUCAAUGUUGUCCAAGUCACCCAUCAACAAGACUUAAAAUAUACAUCAAGAUGGUGGAAAGAAAUGAGAGAUGGAGAAAAGCUGAGCUUUGUAAGGGACAUGCCAACGGAAAACUUCUUUUGGGGUGUGGGAAUGGCUUCCCAACCUGAGCUUUCAUAUUUCAGAAGAGAGAUGACUAAGAUCACUUCCUUCAUAACCAUCAUAGAUGAUAUUUAUGACGUUUAUGGCACAUUGCAAGAACUUGAACUCUUCACUCAUGUGGUCCACAGAUGGGAUAUACAUGCAAUGCACACUCUUCCAAGUUACAUGAAAAUAUGUUUUCUUGCACUCUAUAAUUCUGUCAAUGAGGUAGCUUUUGCCAUCCUCAAACAUACAGGCAUCGACAUCAUCCCUUACCUCAAGAAAGUGUGGGGCGAUCUCUGUGAAUCAUAUCUGAUAGAAGCAAGGUGGUACAACAAUGGGCACGUGCCAAGCAUGCAAGAAUAUUUAGAUAAUGCAUGGAUUUCAGUGGGAGGGGCUGUGGCUCUAGUUCAAGGUUACUUUCUGCAGAUUCCAGAUUCAAUUAGGCCCCAGGAUCUGGAGUAUUUAAAAGAAUACCCCAAUAUUAUUCGCCUUUCUUCCACUAUUGUACGACUUGCCAAUGACCUUGCAUCACACAAGAUUAUUAAUAGUGAUGCUUCAUCAAAGUCAUCAUCAAGUGGUGGGUUUGAUAGUGACAUUCCCAAGUCACUAAGAUGCUACAUGAACGAAACUGGAGCUUCUGAACAAGAGGCUUAUGAAUAUGUCUACACUUUGAUGUGCCAAACUUGGAAGAAGAUGAACGAAGCAGUGCAUAAUUCUGAAUUCUCUCAAAGUUUCACAGAAAUUGCUGUCAACCUUGCAAGAAUGGCUCAAUAUAUGUACCAACAUGGAGAUGGUCAUGCUGAAGAUUCUCAUACUAACCUUCGUAUUCUUUCCUUGCUUCACCACCCAAUUCCUAUUACAUCUACACGCUAG